AUGCAUCAUUUGUAUCCCUUGGCGAAGGGUGAUCCCAUGUGCCCUCUGGGCUUCCACCCGCAAGUACGAUGGCCCACGCGCUGCAAGCGUUGUUUCCGCGACUACAAGGAACAUGGCGGUAGGAAAAAGGAAGAUGAUUUUACUGCAUCUACACCGAGCCUCUCCUCAUGGAACUCGCCAUCAUCACGGGGACGUGAUGAUGAUAGUGGUGUAGAAGCGGAGAAAGUCACACGUGGCUGGGCUUCAAGUUCGAACCUCAGCACCAUAGACCCUUCCAAGAAAGACGCCAUCUCCACAGGGUUUAGUAAAACCAUAUCGUGGACGUCGACGCCGGACUUGGGAGCUAAUGAAAAUGAUACAACAACUGCCGUCACAAUCAGCCUCAAAUUACCCAAGCGAAGAUCUACGGGGCCAUUACCUUCUAUAGACACAGGGCAAAACACAGAAACCGUGACAGUGCGUCGACCAUCACCGUCUCCUCCGCCACCGCCGUCCACUACGGCACAAAUAACGAUCAACAAAAAUGAUUCACUCGCCGAACGAGUGCGAAAGAUGCAGUUAAUUAAGGGAAAAAGUUUUGAUAAAGAGUCGAGCGUUGAAAAAGAAAGAGAAAAGAGGAGUACGUCCAGAAGUAAAGAAGAAGAAAAACCAACUAGACAAAAAGAAGAAAGGAGUUUUGUAAAAGAGGAUGUCAAUUUUAUGACGCAAGUAAAGAGCACUCGAAAUAGUACAAAUACUAAACCACCCAUACGAGGUGGUCCAACUCGUGAAAAAGAAGAAGCAUCGGAUGACGAAGAAGGCAGUACUGCUGGCACUGUUACCACCGAUACAGAAACUACUCUUAUAGAUCCAAAUAUCAAAGAUUACCAGGAUCAAAUUGAAAAUUUAAAACAAGAAGUCGAUUUUCUUAAAAAGCGGUGUGAAAGGGUAGAGAAAGAAAAAAGUGAUAUUUUACUUCGGCGUUUAGCAAAUAUUGACACAACAAACAAAUAUUCAACGGGAAGAUCUUCAGAAGUACUUAAAUUACAACAGAAAGUAAAUGAUCUCACCGCACAAAACGAGGAUUUGAAAGAUGAAAAGAAACAUCUAAAUUUGCGAAUAAGAGAGAUAGAAGCUGACAUAGAAUCACGACCGUCAGUAGAAGCACAAACACGUCAAAUAGAACAGCUACGAGCAAAACUAUUAGCAGCUGAAACACUUUGCGAAGAACUUAUGGAUGAAAAUGAGGACAUGAAGAAGGAAUUACGGGAUCUCGAGGAAGAAAUCGAAGAAAUGCAGGAUAAUUUCAGAGAAGAUCAAGCAGAUGAAUACUCAUCAUUAAGAAGAGAGUUAGAGCAGACUAUAAAGAACUGUAGAGUUCUAUCUUUUAAGUUAAAAAAAACCGAGCGCAAAAAUCAGCAACUUGAACAGGAAAAAGUUGAUCAGGAGAAAAAGCUUCUAGAGAUAGUAGGAGGAGCAGAAGGCCUGCAACGUGAGAACCGUAUAAAGGAGCUUGAGCAAGAGGUUGCACGAUCUAAUGAGGUAGCGCUACGUUUGCAACGAGAGUUGGCUGAAGCUAAUACUAAGCUUUCCGCAGCAUCGGGAGCACCACCUGCCAAUGUUAAAAAGACUCAGCUUACAGACGGAAAAGUAUCGCGAUCUUCGUUAACCCGUGGCGGUAGUCAGGAAGACCCUGCGCAAUUGCUUAGGGAUUUGCAAGAUUCCCUCGAACGGGAGGCUGAUCUAAGAGAACAAUUGCGCAAUGCUGAAGAAGAGGCUAGUCGAUAUCGACGACGCUUCGGAGGCAAACAGAGUCCUCUAGCACCGAAACAUCCUUCGCCAUCAUCGCUUCAUCUUGCUUCCAGCCUUGCUGCCAAUGACGAUGAGACUUUACAUAUUAAACGAAUGUUAGAAAUGCAAUAUAGUUUAGAAAAUAAAUUAUCCUCAUUAGAUAUUACCAACUUAACUAUUGGCAUAAAUCAAACCGUUCAAGCACCCCAAGACUUAGUUGUUUCUUAUUCUGAAAGUUGUCAGACCGAUGCUCUUAUGUUCCACGAUGUAGCAAAUGAUACUAAAAAAAUAACUCUUGAUUCCUGCUUACAAAUCGAUAUUCAAUCGUCAGAAAUGUAUAGCCAAACAGACGUCGCUUUUCCGAAAAAUAAAUAUGUUCAAACAGAUGAUAUAAUGGUCAAUUCUUAUUCACAAACAGAAAAAUUAAGGAACAUUGAUGCUGGAGUGCAAACAAUAAAUAAACAAUUUAGAGAUUCAUGCUUUCAAACCAGUGACACAAACUCUGAACAAACCCAAACUGACGAUAUAAUGUACAAUGAAAAAAGUAUAUUAACUGAUGCUGUAACUGGUUCAGAUGAAAGUAAACUUAUUAAUAAUAAAGAAGGCAAUGUCAAAAAGUCUAGAGAAAAAUCUGUCAGCCCUCCACUAUCCUCUGAUAAAAUUGCAUCAAGCUCUAAAAGUACAAUUCAAUUUCCAUUUGCUUUAUUCAAUCCGUUGGCAGCAAGGGUCCCUUUUGCAAAUAACUUGCGUAAAACUGCAUCAAGAGUUGAGGAUGACAAUGAGUCCUUACUUCUACAGCUGAAGAAAAUGGCUACCAAGGCCAGAAGUCGCAAACUAUCACCAUCUCCUCCUUCUAAUCGAUUGGCUAUUGAGGCUCCUAAUGAAAAGGAUGAAGGUAUUUCAGAUGAAGAAGAUCCAGCAGAGUUGAGGAUAUUACUAGAGCUUAAUGAACAGGAAGCAGCCGUGUUGAGAAAGAAAGUAGAAGACUUAGAACAAGAUAGGGAAUCAUUAAAGAAACAGGUUAAGGAAUUAACAGAUAAAAUUGCUAAUACUAAAACAAAGCCAAAUACUACGUCAACCGUUACUUUGCGCAGAGCAACACCAAAAAAUAAUUUAGCUGAGGAAAAAGUAAAGGUACUUGAGGAUGAAAUAGCUGAAUUAAGAAAGAAACUUAUUGAGAAGGAACGAGAUUGCGAAAGAUUGCACGCAGAAUUAAGCCUAACUCAGAAGAAGCCUAAAGCAUCUCUAAUAAAGAGCAAGUCUUUAGAUGCAACAAGUGACCAGCAAAAUGUGGACUUAAAACGGCAACUUCAAGUAAUAGAACAAGAAGCAAGUGUUUUGAGAGCUAAAACUCAAACAUUAGAAGCCGAUAAUGAGAAAUUACAAGCAGAGAACAAGAAACUUCAAUUGUUGAAAAAUGCAAAAACCUUAAAGACUGAAAAAUCUGUCGAGCUCAAUACUACUAAAGUAACUCAAUUAGAAACUGAACUUAAAGAAGCCUUAGUAAAAAUUAAAGAUUUAGAAAGUAGUAAAGAAGAAAAGUCUGAAAAGAAAGUUAGAUUCGGUGAAUUAAACAAAAAAGAAUCAGAAUCUCUUAAACAAAAACAGGAAGAGCUUGAUAAAUUGAAACUAAACUUUAAUAAGGUUGAAAAAGAAAAAGCUAAGCUUCAAGCAACAUUGAAAGAACUAAAAGAAGACGCCAUAAAAUCUUUCAAAUCUAGAACACCGAAAAAGUUAACUGAUUUAACAACAAAAUUGCAGAUGAAAAAAAUGGUUGAGGAACUAGAAAGUGAAAUUGGUGAAAUGUAUGUUAUUAUGAAGAAUGCAGGAAUAACGUCUCAAGAUAUAAAUGCUAAAGGACAGUUAGAAAAAGAUAUAGAAAAUGCUAAAUCUAAAUUAAUAAAAAGUGAAACAGAUUUUACAAACGAAAAGAAUCGUUUACAAAGUGAAAUAGCUAAAUUAAAGGACAUAAAUACUAAACUAGAAUUAGAAAAAAAAUCAAUAUCAGAGAAAUGCAAAACUUUGGAAACUGAUAAUAAUAAUACAAUUACUGAAUGUAACUCACUAAAAGAAGAAAAGAAAAACCUAGAAACUCAAAUUGCUAAACUCAAUUCUGAUUUCAAAAAGAACAAUACGCAACAAACUGCUAUGUCUGACUGUAUGAAAAAAAUUGAGGACCUCAAAAAGGAAAUGGAUUCUAAAGAUAAAGAAAUAGAUAAAUUAAAGAAACAAAUAGAAAAUAUUAAUAAAUUAGAACAAGAUAAAAAUAAACUGCUCAAAGAAGUUGGAGACAAAACUAAGAAGUUAAAUGAACUUGAGAAAAAAUUAAAAGAAGCAGAAGACAAAUGUAAGCGAACAGAAAAAUUACUAGCUACACGUAAAGACCGCGUCGCUAAAUUGGAAAAAGAGCUAUCAGAAGAAAAGGAACAAUCAGAAGCACUAGCAACCGCAAAGAGAAGAAUUUCUGUUGAUCUCACUACAGAAAAAGAUGGAAUUCAAUCUAAAUUAUUUAAAACUGAAAGCAAAUUAAUUACUUUAGAAACAGAUUUAAAAGAAAUGAAAGCAGAGUAUGAAAAUAAAAUUACUAACUUGGAAUCAACUAUAUCUGCAAAAGAUAUUCAUAUAAAACAACUGGAGGAUGCACUGAGGGAAACUUCUAAUCAAAAAUAUGAUGAAGCAUUAUCAACGGUGGAAAUAGCUCAAUUAAAAGAUAAAUAUGAAAAAGCUUCUAAAGAACUUAAAGAGAAAGAACAAGAUUUAUCGACAGCUAAAAAAGAGCUCAACAAUACUGAAAAAGAUUUAUCAACUACGCAAUCAGAAGUUGCCAACCUAAAAUCUAGUAUAGCGAAAUUUGAAUCGGAAAAGAAAGACCUUGAAAACAAAUUACAAUCGGAGAAAAAAGAGUCCAAUUAUUGGGAGUAUAAAGCGUCUGAACUGGAUACUGAUUUGCAAGCAGAAAGAAAAAAAUUCGAUCGUAUGCGAGCUAAUCAUGACAAAGACAUUAAAAAUAAAGAAGCAGAAUUGGCAACGCUUAAAGGUAAAUUAAAAGUCUUAGAACAAAGCACUGGAGCUGGCGCCAAAAGAUUGUCAGAACUUAAACAAGAGUACGAAGAAUCAGUUAAAAAACUAGAGCAUUCAUUAGCAGUUGAAAAAGCAGAAUAUGAAGAGUUAACUGGCAAAUAUGAAAUGUUAGAAGAAGAACAUGUAGUAACAAAAGCUCGCCUUACUGUUGAGAAGGAGAAAGCACAAGGCGAAUUACUAGUUAUUCAGAAACAACUAAAUAGUACUUUGGAAGAAUUAAAAGCUGUACAAGAUACCUAUGAAAGUCAACUAUCUGAAUGGAACAAAGAAAAAACUGAUUUACAGAAAGAGAUAUCAUCUCUCCAAGAAAGGUUAUGUGGUGGCGGUUGGGAGGUCGAGCGAGCAAGACUAACAGCUCGACUGGAACAGCAUGAACGUGACCUUCGCUCAGCCAAAGACGCACAUAAUGUACUAUCACAUCAUCAUGAGGUCACUAAGAAAGAAUUGGAAGAAGCUAAGAAGAAACUUGAAGACUAUGAAAGGGUUACAAAAGUCCAGAGGACUUUGAAGACAGAUAAUGCUGAACUGGAAAGAGAACUAUCAGCGCUUAAUACUCGCCUUGAACAAGCAGAUAAGGCAAGGAAGAACGAAAUUGCCGAAACUAAAUCACGUUACGAAGCUCAAAUGAAUACAAUGCGUGAUGAACUGAAGUCAUUGCACAAUCAAGUAUCAAGAUUUAGAAGGGAGCGUGACAAUUAUAAGCAAAUGUUGGAAUCAGCGCAAAAAUCGGCAGCAGAUGUUAAGAAUGGCGAAAAACGAACACAACGCAAUUCAAUAUCAAGUACUGAUGAGGAAGAAUAUCGCAAUAAAGUGGCAAUACUGGAGCAACAGUUAGCCUGUACUGAAGAUGAGCUGUGCGAAGCUCGAUUGUUAGCCUCCAAACUCAACACUGAACUCAUUAGUGAACGUUCUUCUGCUGAAGUACGCUUGGCUGAAAUGCAAUCACGACUAAACGAAUACGAGGAGGAGAGAUUGUUAUCGUCAGGAAGGGCACGAGUCGCUGGCUUGGCGACGCGCAUGGAGUUGGCGUGGCACAAAGAGCGCGAUGAACAGCAACGCUUGCUGCACGAGACGUCCACGUUAGCUAGGGACUUGAGACAGACACUAUUCGAGUUAGAAAGAGAACGAGAAAAGGAAAGAUUAGAUAUGAAGAGAAGAAUAGAACAAUUAAAGAGGACCACAGAAGAAGAAACAGAAGAAGCAAAGAAAAAGGUGUCAGAAUUACAAUGUGAUUUAUUAGAAUUACGUGAUGCACACGCAAAACUACGUACUGCUAAUGAAAAAUUACGACGCGAUAAGGAGCGCCACGAUCGCGACCGGGACCAAAACAAACUUUUGGUCGCGUCUCUAAAACGCGCCCAACAGGAGGACGAUAGAGUAAUUACACAACUGGUAGAAACUAUCGACGAUCUAAUGAAGCAAAGUCCCGAUUUGUUCAGAGAGCCGACUGUCAAACCCGAGAAGAGUUUGAUGACCCCAACUCCUCCGAGAAGAAAUAGGUCAUCAAAAUCCCGGUCGCGUUCAGCAACACCUGAUAAUAUGGAGGCGCGGACCGCGAGCGAUGCGGCAAACACGGCGGCGCGCUUGCGACGACUCACAGACGAGUUACGUGCAUCGCGCAUUGCGGAGCGGCAGCGACGACAGCAAGCUAGCACAGCUAGACGGGCAAUGUCGACUGAACCACGUGACACGCUAUCAGUCACUCCGGCUUCUCGAACUCCAUCACGCGCGCCCUCUCUUAAGAAACGCUCCGUGUCGUUAGAACAAACUACUAAGGAACAGAGUGCGAUAUGGAAGUCAGUGGACGGCAGCAGCAUGUCUUCAUUAGACGGUGACGCAGACAUGCGAUCGUUUACUAUGCAACAACGUGAUGCAAGUUUAGAUAGUCGGUUAUCUGGUGGAUCAGCUCAAAGUGAUGUACUGCCAUCGGACAAAAAGAAGAAAAAGAAGGGAUUGUUCGGUAAACUGAAAGAGUUCACCAAAUCCCGCUCUAUCGAUGAUCACGUUGGUUCUGACGUUGCCGAUUUCAGGCCAAUAGGCACUGUUUCGCAAGGAUCGGACUCUGAUAUGAGUGCAGCGGGAAGCGCCGCGGGCAGCAAGCGGGACCUGCGUGGACGAUUGUCCGGCAUGUUUAGCAGAAAGGGACAACUGAGCCGCACAAAUAGUAAGGAGCAAAGCCCCGAGCGGUCCGGCAGCGCGGCCGGCAGCGCGGCCGGCAGCAACGCCGGCAGCGCGACCAGCAUCUCGCCUGCCACUAAGCCGAUACUGCGCAACGCGAGCGCUACUACUCUUUCACGAGCUACCACUAAGACCGUGGAAUCCCCUGCGAGGGCCGCGAGCGCAACUCCCGGCGCGAAGAGGAAAGGGAAA